AUAGUAGGAGUAGAGGAGCAAGACUAAUUUGAGAGGACACAACUCUGAACUGUCUUACUCAAGCUCAGCAAGAUAGAUAUCGAUGGCAAAGGAGUGCGGCAGCAGCAGUGUGAUCGUCGGGGUGGUGAAGGUGAAGGUGGUGCGAGGGACCAAUCUUGCCGUCCGUGAUGUCUUCAGCAGCGAUCCCUACGUCGUCCUCAAGCUCGGCAACCAGGAGGUGAGAACUCGUACAGUGAGGAAAAACACCAAUCCAGUGUGGAACGAGGACCUGACGCUCAUCGUUCAAGAUCUCAACCAUCUCCUCGUCACUCUCGAGGUCUACGACCGUGACCCGUUCGUCGACGACCCCAUGGGCGCGGCGUUCUUCGAGCUCCGGCCGCUGGUGGAGGCGGCCGCGGCGAGCAGCCGCCGCCGUACCCCCUCCGGCGUUGACAGUAAAGAGGACGGCACCGCCGUGGUCCCAAGGAGCGGGAGCUCCGUUGUGUGGUCGGCGUCGGAGGGGAAGGCGGCGCAGGGCCUGGUGCUGAGGCUCGCCGGCGUCGAGUCCGGCGAGGUGGAGCUGCAGCUGGAACUGGAAUGGCACGGCGGCGCGGCUGGCGACACCUCAAUGAUCGAUCGAUUGAUUGAUCGUAACUCGUAAAGGCCUGAAUUAAGACAGAAUAAAUCGACUGAGCUAGCUCAAGCUUGUAAGAUCGAGUUCAGUCAGUACCUCUGGUUCGAUCGAAAAUUUAGUUUCUCGUUUCGAUUUCAAGAAACAAAGCAGCUCAAGGAUCUUGCAUGCUUGUAUUACUAUUGAAGCGAUUGUUGAGACAAGUUUGUCCAAUGCUUUGUGAUUUCUGGUAAAUUGGAUUAUUAAAAGUUUUAUCGCAUGAUUAGCUAUAUUUAUAGCACCAUCUUUUAAGAAAAAAAA